CCGGCGUAUUCUACGAGGUGAGCUGGGGAGUGAGCUGCAAUCGUUCUUUUGUCUAAACACAAGUGGUGCAACUCGAGGCCACCGGUGGAAACUUUUCAAACCGCGGCGACUCCGUGUACAGUCCGAUCUGGCCCUAUCCACCCGGGUAGUGAAUGACUGGAACAGCUUGCCAGAAGCUGUCGUCGAUGCGGAGACUGAGGAAUGUUUCAAACGACGGUUGGAUACCCACUCUCUGAGUGCGCAGGGAUUCUGCUGCCCACAAUGCAACCAUAGCGAUCUUCUGCUGAACCUUGUUCCGCAAUGAUCCCAGCAACCCUCGCAAUGUCCGGGAAGUGACGGAGCUGACAAAGGAACUUCCUUCUGCUCUCUACUAACCAAUGAACCAAUACCGCCAGAUUCGUCAGUUACUGGUAUAUUGCAGCUUGGGCCGCCACUAAGUGCCAUAACCUCAGAAUCCGAGCCAUCAGGAACAACAGCCUCGGUGCAUUGCGAGGCUGACAUAGUGGAACACAGAGUGGUGAUAACACG